GAAGCGACCCGACGUCAUGGGCUGACGUCAGGCGCGCUCAUGGCCGGCUCUCGUGCCAGUGAUAAACGCACCUUGGCCACGAGUCCGUGUCAGACAUGCUGCGCGCUUGAAUUACCGCUGAAAUUCCACAGCUGCCUAAUGCAUCUUUGCCUGUCACCAAAACAAUACAAAUGUCAGCCGUCACCGCACGAGGAGCGGCGGUUUUAUCACAUUUUAGAAAAUGACUGAAGGUCCCCGACAGCAACAUGAGAAGCCGAUGUGUGUACGAGUGUGGCUGGAGGUAGGGCACGCGUGCGAGCCGCGGCGAACGGCGUCGGGGCGCGCGCUCGCACUCGACUGGCGCGUGUGGGUGCGGGGCGCCCGCGGCCGCGACAUCAGCGCCUUCGUGCACAAGGUCGUCUUCCAUCUUCACCCGCCGAGCGCUUUCGUCUAUCCAAAACGAGUGCUUCAAGAGCCACCGUAUGAGAUCCAGGAGUCCGGUUGUUCGUCGAUUGACAUUCCGAUACACGUUUACCUGAAGUACAGCACCAAACCAAAGAAAAUUCGUCUACGGUACAGUCUCCACAUCGAAAACAAUAACAAAGCCAGCUCGGAGUCGAGGUGCGUUUAUUACGACUUUAACAAUCCAACUGAGCAAGUUUAUAACGCCUUGAUGAAGGGUGGAGGCGAAGUUAUCCCCCGCGCCGGCGGCUCGGACCGCGUCGGCAACAAACUGGUCGUGUUACUUUCCGAUGAGGAAAAACGGGAAUUGAAAGUGCCCAAAUCUAAAAGAUACAAAUUCAUUGAACCACUUCGAUGUAAACACGCGUCCAAGGCUGGUUCCAAAUGCGUUAUAGAAGAGCUAUGUCCAAAGUGUGGUGAAUCCAUCGACACUGAUUUUAAGAAACAGCUACGUGCCGUUGAGAUGACGGAAGAUGAAAUCAAUCGGGUGUCACAGUUGUAUUUAUCGUUCACUAGUUAUGAGAAAUCGACAAAGGCUAUUAAAUUGCCUCCAUUUUCGGAUUCAAUUUAUAAGGUACCAGAACUACCGAUUUCCUUGCGUGGGGCUUUAGAUAACGUUCAAGCUGAUUAUACAAUGUUAUGACGUGCCUUAUUGUUACUAUUCUUGAUAUUUCAGUGUGCCAUUGUGAGCAGUUUCAUGAGCUGCGACUGAUUCUAGUAUUCUCGCUUUUAAAGCAAAUGAUGGAGUUUAUUCCACAGAGAAGUGAGGUUGCAUGCAAGAAUGAUAUAGAUUUUUAACUUAAUAUUUUUUCCAUAUUACUUAGACAAAAAAUAACUAUUUACAGCUGUUAAGUUACCUAUAAGGUUUAAAUAAUUUUAAAUAUUUUUACUUUCUGUUGUUGAAAUGUUUGUUUGUACUGUGUGCUGUGAGAAAGAUCUCAAAAUAAUUUAGUAGGUAUCCCUGGAAAAUUAAAUUUUAUUUAUAAUUGAAGCUUCUUUAUUAUUUGUCAAUAAAUUAUCUAAUUUUUAAAUGGUAUUAUAAGUAAAUAGAAAGAAGAAUGUCUAUUGUGUGUUAAAAAAUAUAUCAAAUUUCUUAAGUUAUUUAAUACUAAAGUCAUUAAAAAAAUAUUUUAUACGAUUAUAUUAAUGUGCAAUGAUGCAAUGAUGGGAAAUGAAGAAAGAACUGGUUUAAACAAGAUA